AUGUACCUUGUCGUCUUGGUGCCCCUAUGGACAGUUUUAUCGAGAAUGACAAUUGCCACUGAGUUGAGCCCGUUUGGCGCUGAAGUUUUCCCCAAUUUGGCCAACUGGAUUGGGGACUGCAACCAAAGGGCGUUAGAGCCAAUGGCGACCAUAUGCGCCCAGGGGUUGGAAAACUUGUCUCUUAGUGACCAGAAGCGGGUUGCAUUAGAGCUUUCCAUUUGCGAGUUUGAAAACAACGGCAUCGAAUAUCCGCUUGAGUGCCACGUAGAUAUCAGACAGGCGAAUAUUGGUGGGUGCAUUCAAUCGUUGGAGAAAAGUCCUCAGUUCUGGACCAGUUUUAGUGGCAACUACCGAAACGUCAAGGAUAUAUGCCAUCAGAUUAGUCUACCGAAUGAAAAAUCGCAAAUUCUUGAAGUGUAUGGGAAUGUGACCAAUUUGUACAAGGCCAUGAUGCGCGAUCUAACAGCAUCUCACAGAUAUAGUGCUAGUGUGCAAGAUGAAUUGCAGGAAAAGUUUGAAAAGAUUUUCAAAGUCAUGGAAUCGUUAUUGGAACGCAAGGUUGAAGAAGAGGCAAAAUUGAACAAUUCCUUUGCCAAGUUUUUCCAAAAUUUUGAAUCUUCCAUGAGCAAUGCCCUUGUCGUCAUUGGCGACUCGUACAAAGGGAUCGAUACUGAUAUCAAGAUUGUCGAGCGACAUCUACACUACUUUACUGCGGAAAUGGAAGGCAUUAGCUUUCGACUCCAGCAGCACGCGAGCGAGGUGAGCAUGCAACAGCUGGAAAUGUUGAACAAAAAUGCGCAUCUCUUGGAUUUGCAAGAUCAGGUGCUUGAAAAGGUGGAAGAUACUACCAAGGAAUUGGUCGAUUUACAAGAUUUGGCCAAAACCCAUGCCUUGGUCUUCCAUCGCCAACUGCAGUUUAUGGAAUUUACCUUGGAAAUGAUAAGCAAGAUGCUACGAGCAAACGUCGAUGACUUGUAUUUGCAAAAGACGCUCAUCUACCAGCAGUCGCUGUCAAUAUUGGAGCAGAUAACCAAUUCAUUAGUAGAACAUGUGAACAAGACUUCAUCCAAAUUGACCGAGAACUUGGAAGACGCGUUGCAAGGAUCCCUCGCUAGACUAGAAUCAAGACUCGAGCAGACUAGCACUGACGUGUUGAGUAAAUUUGAUGCUGCAAGCAUGUGGGGUGUGCUUCUGUCGUUUUCAUUCUCCCUGUUUUUGUCCAAAAUGAUGAUGGUGCUUGUCGUCUUGAGCAUGGUGUUUGCUAAUUUGGGGUCAAUUUGCCGCAGCUGUCUAGUUUUAUUGAGAUGGGGUCCCAUUCUAUUCGUGUCAGUCUUGCUUGGAAUCUAUGCGGCGAUGGUCGCCAUCCAGUUGCUAGCUUGGCUUGACCAUUAUACUGCUCCCAUGGGGGAGUAA